CAGGAACCGACAAGACAAAGCAAAAUGUAUAUAAAUGUCGAGAGGCCCGCAUGUAGGAUGCCUCCCGUAAAUCAAGCUUUCCCUCAAAGACUCAAGUUGUCUCAAUAUCCUCUACCAACUAUCUGCCCUCACUUAAAUUCAAGCUUCAAAUAUCCCCCAGAAUGGUCACCCUCACCCAAGUCAAAGCUUCCAAUGCCCUCCUCUCUACAUCCCUUCCCAACCUCGUCGCAGUCUUUGUAGGAGCCACCAGCGGCAUCGGCGAAUACUCCCUAAAAGCCUUCGCAAAACACGCCCUCGCACCUCGCGUCUACAUCGUCGGCCGCUCGCAAGCAUCCGGCGACCGCCUCACCACCGAAUGCAAGCAACUAAACCCCGGCGGCACGUUCAACUUUAUCCAAGCCGAAGUUAGCCUCAUCAGCGCCGUCGACGUCGCGUGCGAGGAGAUUCGACGACGGGAAAGAAGCCUGAACAUCCUCUUCAACAGCGCCGGCUCUCUCGUAUCCACAGACACACCCGACGGCCUCCCCCAAGCCAUCGCCCUCGGCUACUACACUCGCACCCGCUUUAUGCUCAACCUGCUGCCGCUCCUGCGCGCCCCCUCGCCCUCCUCCCUCCGGCGGUGCGUCACCACCUUGUGCGGGGGCAAAGAAGGCGCCGUCGACGUCUCCGACUUCCCCGGCCGCAAAGCCUCCUCCCUCAUGGCCGCGCGCGGCCACGCCGGCUCCAUGGUCUCGCUCUCCCUGGCCCGGCUGGCCCUCGAGGCGCCCGACGUCGCCUUCAUCCACAACUUCCCCGGCAUGGUGCAGACGGCCAUCGCGGACGACCUGAAGGGGGUCGGGUGGGCGGCGGGGCGGCUGGUCAUGAAGGCUGUGGGCAGGUUUAUCUGCAUGCCGAAUGAGGAGUGUGGGGAGCGGCAUCUGUUUCUGAUGACGAGCGGGCGGUUCGGGAGCGGGGGCGUGGCGGUGGAGGGGAUUGAGGGGGUCAAGGGGAUGGAUGGGGUCGUCGGGAGCGGGUGUUAUUCGGUGACGCAGGAGGGGGAGAGCACGGGGGAGAAGGUUGUGGAGCUUUUGGAGGGGUUGAAGGAAGAGGGGGUGCAGGCGGCGUUGUGGAGCCAUACGAUGGGUGUUUGA